AUGAUGAUGAAAGCCAAUGAAAGCAGCCUCCUCGUAUCCCUCUGCGUGGUGGUGCUGGUGAUGAUGUGCGGCGGCGGAAUGGGAGUGGGUGACGCUGCUGCGGCGGUUUCCUGCAGCGUGACGGAGCUGGAGGCGUGUCUGCCGGCGAUGCUGUUUGGGCAGUCGCCGUCGGGGGAGUGUUGCAGUAAGCUGAGGGAGCAGGCGCCUUGCUUGUGUGAGUACAUGAGGAAUCCCAGCCUUAGGCCAUAUGUGGACUCUCCUAAUGCAACAAAAAUUGCUGCGGCUUGUGCUGUCGCCAUCCCUACAUGUUCCAUUAAUUAA